UUCAUGCAAGGAAAUGCCUUCCUCCUCUUUAAUUACGAAAGAGACACAGAGACAAGACCCCCGUCAGCCGCAGACACUCCCUCCAGCGUCCCGCACUAAUCCGGCGCGUCCCUGGCGGAUCCCGGCUGCAGCGCGCGAGCCGACCCGCCCAGACGCACGUUUCCCCCGCGCCCCGGGCGGAAGCGCGCCGGCGCCCCACGCUCCGCCCCAAGAGGGCGGUGUGGCGCUGGAGGGGGCGGGGCGCGCGGUCACGUGGCCGCGCGGACGCCGACGUGGCCGGCGUGGGGCGCCGCACGUGUCCCUCGCCGCGCUCCGUCCGCCCGCCCUGAGCCGAGGACCUGAUCCCAAGAUGGCGGCGCCCAGCGGAAGGAGGGACGGCGGCGGCGCGGGCUGGUGGGCCGCGCUGCUCUUGGUCGUGGCGCUGAGGCCGGCGGAGGCGGUGUCCGAGCCCAUGACGGUGGCGUUUGACGUGCGGCCCGGCGGCGUCGUGCACUCCUUCUCCCAGAACGUGGGCCCCGGGGACAAGUACACCUGCAUGUUCACCUAUGCUUCUCAAGGUGGUACCAACGAGCAAUGGCAGAUGAGUCUGGGGACCAGUGAAGACCACCAGCACUUCACCUGCACCAUCUGGAGGCCCCAGGGGAAGUCCUACCUCUACUUCACCCAGUUCAAGGCUGAGGUGCGCGGCGCGGAGAUCGAGUACGCCAUGGCCUACUCGAAAGCUGCGUUUGAAAGAGAAAGCGACAUUCCUCUGAAAAACGAGGAAUUCGAAGUGACCAAAACAGCAGUGGCUCACAAGCCCGGGGCCUUCAAGGCUGAGCUGUCCAAGCUGGUGAUCGUGGCCAAGGCCGCCCGCAGCGAGCUGUGACCUGAGACGCGCCCCACAGGCAGCGUGGUCUACCCAGAAGCAGCCCGGGCAGGGGCGACAGCGCAGAGCUGGUCCUGCAGGGGGCUUGGGCGCCCCCUUUCCCCCACGCACUUGGACCCUUGGGCACUUUGCCUGCCUAUGACCAGAGGGCACAGGCACACGGGGCAGGAGCGGGGGUCCUCGGCUUACUGAAACCAGCCUGUGUCCCCAUGCUCCCCACUGAGCCCAAGCUGGGCACCCCUGCUCCCGGGUCCCCUCGUCGGUUCACCCAGGACGCCUUCCAGACGUGGAGAGAGGCUGUUCUUUUGUAUUUAAAUAAAUAAAACAAAUAAAAAGCAGCCCUAUGGACGCACCCUGGGCACCUUG